GCCAUUUUGAAGAGCCUUUUGUUAGUGUUUUGUGAAUGUUUUCAUCAAAAUUUGGCAAAAAUUGAACAAUAAGACAAUAAAUGAGCAUAAUUCUAAUGCGUGUUUAUCACAAAUAUCUCAUUAUUAGACGCUACAUACCAGUGUUUUUGUUUAGUGGAGGUGCAUUGUGAAAAAAAGAACCGGAACGGAUCUUACCGUAUUUAAUGAUCCGUUUUAAUUAAAAUUGAGAAUCUUAUUUCAUUACUUGUGAAAGUGGAAGUUUUUGUUUGUCGAUUGGAGUGAACUGCCUAUUUGAGAUAACAUUAUUUACGUCGCGUGUAUUUGUUCGCUACGUAAAUCGAGAUCGCCACAAGAUGGCCGCCGUGGGAUGCCCGCUCCGCCAAAACCCGCUCGCGAGGCCCGAUGUGUCAUCUGCUGGCGAAGGUGUUUCGGGCGCGCUGUAAACUGGCGUUUCGCACUGCGGCCGACAUCUCCGGCCGCUUCCGGCGAAGUUCCAUUCUGUAAAAUGGAAUUUCGCUCGAGGCGCCAAAAUACGAUGGGUGUUGACACAUCUCUCGCUGCGAUACCGUACCGUUACUUUGACGGCCGCACCAAAUAAUUGUUGACGAAAAUGAGCGAGCCAGCCGACGUAGGAAAAGAAGUGUGGACGCGAUGGAUUCUCGAAGCGAUACAUAAAAUACGGUCGCAGAAGCAACGGCCGAGCGUGGAGAGGAUAUGUCAUGCUAUCAGGCAGCACCACAACUACCAUGAGGAUGUUGUUUCGGAGUGCUUGGAGCGGGCGGUGCGCGAGGGUCUCGUGCUGAAGGUAUACAACAAAGGGCAGAGUACGUACAAAGACCCUUGCGGGCUUCAGAGCAAAGUGUUGCGGAUAGCGACCGAUGUGGACGUUUCUAGGGCUGUGGCGAAGGCUGUGCGCGAGUUAGGGGAGCGGGAUGGUUCUAGCCUGAAAGCUAUCGAGAAACAUUUGCGGCAAGCUUACCAAGUGUCGGUGGAGGAGAACAUUGACGUGCGGAACGUUUUGCGGGGGGCCGCGAAGAGGGCUGUGACCAGAGGGCUCCUGCUGCAUCAAGCGGGUAACUACAAAGCAACAAACAAACCUCUCACUACCACGGAUCGCAUAACCAAGCAGAGGAUAGCCUUUGACACCUCGGAGAGUAAUUCGAGUCCAGCGGGUGUGCCAGUGUGUGCAGAGUGCAUGGGCACAGAUGCUAGGAAUCGGCUAGCAGUGCCAGAGAGCCUCAUUGUGUGCAGCCAGUGCAAGUCUUACGCACAUCCCACCUGCCUGAACUUGUUAGAUUACAUUAGUUUGACAAUUUUAAAGGGCGCGCGCUGGUGCUGCGGCGAGUGCGCGCGCUGCGAGGCGUGCGGGCUGGGCGGCGAGUGGGCGUCGCGCUGCGCCGCGUGCCCGCGCACGGCGCACGCGCGCUGCCACCCGCCCCCCUGGCGCUGCGACCAGUGCGCCGACAAGCCGCACACGCCGAGACUGACGAUGGGCGGAACGCCGAAGAAGAGGAAACCGAAGACGCCGGCGCGCCGCAUCGACUCUGACGACGAGCCUUCCGACGGUAAUAGCUCGCCGUACACUAGCCGCCCUGCCCGCCCUGCCGAGCAGAGAAUGUCCAAGGAGAAGCAGAAAUUCUUUAGAUUCUCUGCAUUCAACUUUGUGAAGCGCCGCCGGUGUAGAGACUCCUCUAGCGAAUGGGAGGGCUGGGGCUCGAAGUGGGGUGCCAUGAGGGUCACGCGGGUGCAGAGGCUCGAGCUCCGGCUGGAGCGCCGGACGCCCUCCGACCGCUCCUCCUCCUCCUCCAGCUCGCCCCCGCGCCGCGCCCCGCCCCCGCGCCGCGCCCUCCCCCCCGUCGCGACCCCGCCGCCACCUCCCCCCGAGAGCCGCAUCCCCACCAUCUUCGAACGCCUGGCCACCGACGCUAGCCCCGACGGCUCGUGGGGCUUCGCCGCCGAGGCGAGAAAACAACCAGUCAUCGAACCACAAACCCCUCUCACUUCUCGUAAACUCUCUACCUCCCCGGAAAGAAAACCCGCACAACCGAUAGAAAGACAUAGACGACGCAGUAGAUGCGGAGACAGACUUCUCACCACGUUAUUCGACGGUCUAUCGGAAUUUUAUUCGGUCCGUACGGCUUCUCGGUCACAAUCGCGGCCUCGAGUGAAACAAGAGAGUGAAGAUAGGCAAGUGCUAAAAGAGACUAGAAGUACUUUUAAACGGUAUCAAGCCACCUUGCAGCAGGACGGGCGAACGAGAGAGCGGAGUCGAUCUAAAACGCGGGAGACUCAGACUGAGAGCAGAAAUGCUCGAAGUCAGAGUAGGCACGUUCGGAGUCAGAGUAGGAACGCUCGGAGUCAGAGUAGGAACGCUCGGAGUCGAAGUAGGAACGCUCGAAGUCCGAGUAGGAACGCUCGAAGUCCGAGUAGGAACGCUCGAAGUCCGAGUAGGAACGCUCGAAGUCCGAGUAGGAACGCUCGAAGUCCGUGUAGGAAUGCUCGGAGUCGAAGUCGGACGAGAGGGAGGAGUCGGAGUAGGAAUGUGCGGAGCCGCAGUAGGAACGCACAGGGCGGGGACGUGGAGAGCGGCAGCGGGCGGGAGCGGAGCGCGUGUGCGCAGCCAGCGGGCGCGGAGCGGUGGAGUGCGUCGGCGCUGGUGGUGCUGGCGGCGGAGGGCGCGCGGCGCGGCGCGGGCGCGGACGCACAGCCGCACAAGCUCGCGCUCGCGGGCCCCGACACCAAUCACACGGAGGGCAGAAGACUACCACCAGGAGUGACGGAAGCUGAUGCAGAGCUCUUCUCCCAGGCGCGGUCAGCAAAUGGGGAUGACAGUGAGUUGGCGGGGCCGUCUGCGGGAGUUGGAGCUGGAGCUGGUCCUCCUCCUCCGAGGUGUCCGUCAGCCAUUGAGUUUGGACAGUGGGAGAUAGAGACCUGGUAUUCGAGUCCCUUUCCGCAAGAGUAUGCCAGGUUACCGAAAUUAUUCCUGUGUGAGUUCUGUUUGAAAUACGCGAAGAGUCGGGCUGUACUCAUGAGGCAUUUAGACAAGUGUCUAUGGCGGCAUCCGCCUGCCACGGAAAUAUAUCGAUGCGGAGAUAUAUCCGUAUUUGAAGUCGACGGUAACGCCAACAAAAUAUACUGUCAGAAUCUCUGUUUACUCGCCAAACUGUUCUUAGACCACAAGACGUUAUAUUACGAUGUAGAGCCGUUUCUGUUCUACGUGCUGACGAAAAAUGACAGUAAAGGGUGCCAUCUAGUUGGAUAUUUUUCAAAGGAAAAACAUUGUCAGCAGAAAUACAAUGUAUCCUGCAUAAUGACGAUGCCUCAGUAUCAGAGACAGGGAUUCGGGAGGUUCCUCAUCCAUUUUAGUUAUUUAUUAUCAAGAGAAGAAGGCCAGGCAGGUACUCCGGAAAAACCUCUAUCAGAUCUAGGAAGAGUCUCAUAUCAUGCAUAUUGGAAAUCAAUAAUUCUGGAGUUCCUCUAUGACCACAAAGACAAACCAUUUACAUUUGAAGAAAUUGCUGUCACUACUGGAAUGCACAUGAAUGACAUUGCUGUGACAUUCCAGCUCUUAGGUUUCGUAAGACAUCUCCCAAUUAAUGAAUAUGUGAAAUUAGGAAUCUGUGUUGACUGGAAUAGGGUUGAAAAUCAUAUGAAGAAGUUAAGAAGUAGAGAAAGACUGGAAAUCGAUCCUGAAUGUCUGAGGUGGACACCCCUGCUAGCGCCCACGAUAAAUCCAUUCAGAUCACCUGAAGAAGGUUCAGGAGACCAAGAUACUGAGAACGAUGAUAAAGAGGAGAAUGAAAUGAAAACUGAAAGUGAGAAUACAGAAACCGAACCAGAAAGUUUACCGCUUAAAGCUGCAACACAUUCUAAACUCUCAGAAAAGGAAACGUCUGAAGCGCCAGUUGAAGUCACUUCAUCUGGUAGGAGAAGAACACGACCGCUGAAAUAUAGUGAAAGUACUUAUCAGACAACACCAACGCUAGGUGGUGAUGGUUCUCGUAAAAGAAAACGCGAUGUGAAUAGAAAAAUUUCUGAAAGUGUGGAGGAUGAAAAGAAAGAACCAGAAGCCACACCUAGAAGACAAAGGAGUAAGAGUAAUGCUCGAAAAUCUAAAGCCAUCCAAGAAGAAGUUGUUGAAGAGAUUACUCCCAGAAGCAGGAGGAAAAAUGUAGUUGAACCAGUUUACGCAUCAGAUAGUCAGGAGAGUCAGGAGAGUAUGGAUUCUCGUAUCGAAAUUCGUGCACCAACAGUAAAUGAAGUCAAAGCGAAAACUAAAAGAAAAAUUGCCUGGAAAGGACGGAAAAGGCAAAAGGUUAAAACUUCGGCAAGAAGUAGCUCGCCUACGCCUAAAAAAGCUAAAGUAAUUGAAGAAAAGAAAAAAGUUAAUGAUUAUAAAACGGACGACUCUGCUGAACAAUCUACUGAUGCCGCAGCUGUGGAGUUCCAAAUUGAAAAUGACACAAUCGCGCAAAGUGAGAAAAAGGUAGAAGAAAAGGAUAAAAAUUCUGAUGCAAGUUCCGAAGACUCUUCAGGAGAAGCCGAUGACGAAAUGGACGUUGAAGAAGGCGAAGAGAAGACAAGCAUUGCAAGUAAACCAGCGACACCGCGCCAGAUCGAAGAAAACAGCACUGACCAUCAUACUAGCGAUAUGGAAUUGGACAGCAUACACAUGGACUCACCCAAGUCCAUAGCUGAAAAAGAUCAAGUAAUACAUGAAGCUAGUAAAGACAAGCCAGAGGAACAUACCGUUAUAGAAAAUGGCUCGGACAUGAUCUUUCCUUCGGACCAUGUAGAUGCGAGAAUACCUAUUGAAACUAGUGAUAGUCUGAAAGCACCAGAGAAUAGGAAUGGUGAAAUAAAGUCUCCAAAAAAGGCUAAUCUUGAUGAUAAAGAUACUAUCGUCAUAUCAGAAUCCGAUGACAACAACAGCCAGAGCUGUCCUUUGCCAUCUCCUAAACCAAGUGAUAUUGCACCGGUGGCAUCCAUACCUAAUGAUAUCAAAGAAAAAGUAUUAAUUGAAAGUGAAAGCCCUAUGAAGAUAUUACCAGCUGUUUCUACGGAAAAUUCUCAUAUUAUUCUAGAUGCGAAGGGACCAUCAGAUGAUAACCUCAUCAGGCCUCCAGUUGACCUUAUUGUACCGCGAAUACAUCAGAUUGAGACCAUCGUGGUUGAGGGAGAAUCUGAUAGUGCAAAUUCACCACAUACUGGUGUAUCCCCCAAGAAAAAUGACAAAACGGUCAUAAGCGAGUCCCCAAAGCAGAAAUCGCCUGAAAAAAUGUCUGUAGAGAUGACAUGUGAGCAGAAAAAGUGCGAAAUGAGGAAAGAAACUGUCAUUCAACAUCAGGCUACUGAUGAAAUUAAAGCAGCAGAGAAGAAAUCGCCAAAUAAAAUAGAGUCAAUUAUUCAGAACUUGGACCCUCAUAGAGACCUCGCUAAUAGUUUAAAAAAGCCAGACCCACCAAAAAUGGACACGUAUAAUGACAUUGAAGCCCGAAAACAUCUACAAAUAACAUCAUCACUACAAGUGCCUAUCACAAGUAAAGAAAGCGAUAAUCCAUUUCGUCAAGACAUGAUGUACACAAGAAAAGAUGAAAUUGUAGUUUCGCGAAGUAUAAUUGAGAACACCAUACAAAAUUAUCAGAAUUCUUUAAGCAAUUCAAUGACAAUACAACCAAUAAACACGGCACAUCAUUCGUACUUAAAUCACAGGCCCAGUGUGAAUAAAGAGUCCCAAGCAGUCCAAACUGAUAAAGUGCUUAUUAAAACCAGUGACCCAAGCAGAGUCAAUAUAAAUAACAUGUCUGAUUCUUCCCCAGUUAUAAGCAAAAGUACAACAAAGUUGGAAGUUCCACAUCCAAUAACAUCGCCUGUAGUAAACCCAGUUAUACCCAAAGUGCCUAACGUAUCUGAUAUAAAUUUUUUACCCAGAUGUCAAAGCGCUAACGCAGCCGUUAACUUAGGCAUCGAAAGAACUGAUUUAGAAACUAGUUUCGUGAAUAGCGCUAUACAAAAUUCCUUAAGUGGCUCCAUGAGCAUCAUUCCAACUUCGCAAGAAAAAAUUGACCCAAACCAAAAACCAAGGGAGAAAAGUAAAUUGCGGGAUGUGAGAGUAAAUUCGGCUCACAGCAAAAUGGAGAAAACAGAGAAAAAAGGGGCCAAAAACGAAACUCCCAGAAGCACGCCAGAACCGAAGAUGUUUUUUCCGGAACAAAAUGCAACCGCGAGGAAGCCGGAAACGUCUGUCCCAACAAAUGUGAUAAACACAUCCUCCGUCACGAGUAAAGUGGAGCCGAAAGUAAACGAGGCGCCGAAGAAGCAAGAUUUUUUUAAGAAAGAGAAAUCGAACGCUAAUAAAUGUGAUUCGAAAAAUUCCUCAAUAAAACAUGACAAGAGUUGUUCCGCCCAGCUUAAUCUAAAGGCCGCAGAGCAGAAUGAUUUAAACAAAAUGCUCCCGAAAAUGAAGUAUGACAAUGAGCUAAUGCCAAAAUCGGACUACACUAUGAACCAAAUACCCACUUAUCCCACAUCGCACGCGCAGUAUCCACAAUGGCCGCCAUGGGACCCGACGCGUACUUGGGAGCACAACCGAUUUCUAGAUAUGAAAAAUAAUGAUAAGACUUAUUUGGAUAAAUUUCAAGGUUUCAAUUUAUCGCCGUUAGAUCAAAUGCAGAAAUCUCCUCAAAAAUUGCAUCCGAAAUACGAUCAAAAAGAUUUCCAUAAUAUCGCUUACGGGGCACUAUCCAGUGGCAUUUACGCAACUACGGGGCUUCCACAUUUUAAGGAAACUAAAGCGCCCACAUCGAAAGCGUCGGAUUGUUCGCAGAAGAACGAUUGUAAGCCAUCCAAACAGGCGAAGACGACAACGGCGUGCCAAACUCAGUGCGAGAAUAAGAAAUCACAGUCCCACAAUACCACCGAAGCGCAGAUGAAACAAAUGAUGCAACGUCAAGUCAAUAAGCAGCAGGAGGUAGUUACCAGCUGCGCCGACUAUCGACAAAGCCCUCAAAUCCUGACAUCUCCUGGUUGCAAAACACCAUUCAACCAGAACGGCCCGUGCGGACAAGAAAAGGUUGAUAUCGAGAAGAAAUCCCGUCAACAUUCUAAAAAGGAUGAGUCCCCAAAAGACAUGAGUAAGGAAGAAAUGUGUGAGGCAGUUAGUCCUGCGUUGCAAUCUAUGGGAGUUUAUACACCAGAUUCGACAAGCAACUCUGUUCAUUCUGUGCAGUACCCAGCUUGUGAACUGGACAUGAGCCAAAUAAGCUUAGAAUCACCUACAAGUAUAAGUUCAGAUUUAGCGAGUCCGUGUUACAACAUGCACCCAGCGCCGAGUCCACAAUACCCACACUCGUCAAUACACAUACCCUCUAUUAUGAGCCAACCGAAUCAGCCGCCUAAGCAGCAGAAAAUCAAUAACAGAAAUAGGAACAACAGUAACACAACGAGCGGCGGGGCGGACAACAAAGCGGGCGUGCGCGGCACCGCCACCCCGCCCGCGAGACACCGGGCCACCCCGCCACACCCCGCCACUACGCAUGAGCUGUUCCACUUUGCAGGCGGCGGCGUGAUGCAGGGCGGCGCGGGCGGCGGCGCGGGCUACCAGGGCGGCUACCUGUCGUUCCAACAGCAGCAGCAGUACCACGCGGGCUGGGCGCCGUCGUGCUCGCUCGCCAAGCUGCAGCAGAUGGCCGACGCGCCGCAACACCCGCCGCACACGCCGCCCGCCCCGCCGCAGUACGGUCAACAAUCAGGCACGCCACCCGCGGGCCACUAUCACGCACCGAAAUACUACGCGCCGGCGCACAACCAACUAGAGUCGCCGCGUAACACAAGAAAUACAACCAGUAACUUAAGCCCCAUGCAACACGUCCAAAUGGGUCCUGGGUCUCGAAUGUCCCCAAAUCUAAAUACGCACAUAAUCAGCCAAUAUGGGCUGAACGGUUACAGAGUAACACCCCAGCAGCAGUUCAACAACCUGCCGGUGCAAAUGAUGAAUGUACAACCUGGUGUACAAUACCCUGCUCCUGAUCCAAGGGCGCAGCAACCUAAUGUGUAUGCAUAUGGGUACAUUAACGCACCACCCCCUCUCACUAUGCAAACAUUAAACUCGACAAUGCGUCGGUAGCCUCGACCAAAAACACAAUGCCGGAAACAGUGAUCAGUGCUAAGUGAUAAAAGUGACAGUGUCAGACACAAAAGUGAAUCACUGCGGCAUAGAACUAGUUGUUCUUAAAAAAUGACGGUUUAAAACGAAAAAACACUGACCAAAAAGGAUUGUAUAGUAGGUAUAAAAAAUAAUUAUAAGGCAUAGUACAAAUAAAUGAGAAUAAAAAUAAUGAUACGGCUUAACUUCGUUUGUAUAUAUUUGAUGUAAUUUGAAAAUUAACACCACUUCAGUUGCCUUACCCUCAGCACCAGUGGACAAAAACCUCACCUUCUGUUAUACUUACCAGUGUUAUGUUACGGCAGCUUUGUUUUGUAUAUUUUAGACACAGACUUACAGAGAAAGAUAGAUGGUACACUGGUUUUUUAAUUUACUCUGCAAUUGAAGCACAAAACAUUUUUUUUUUUAAUUUAUUCAGUUCAUUCUCACAGGGGAAGUGUUGUAUUUGAGUAUUUCUUCCACAAACCUAAAACAAAAAUUUUCACUUUUCUGUUCGAGUUGUCUGUAUCACGGCAUUAGCGCAAAUAUUUCCACCCGAUGUCGUCGAGCCCUGGGGCUCUU